UGUGUGCCCUUGCCUGCUGAGCUCCAGAAACCACUGAAUGUCAGGAUGAACUACCUGUAUCAUUACAAGGUGCUCACCCUCUUCUUCUUCUUCUUCAUUCACACUUGUGCCUAUGCCUCUAUACUGCGCCACUGUGAGCCGGUCAAUGAGACCAUCUCUGUAGAAAAGGAAGAGUGUCCAAAGUGUGUGCUGAUUACCACAAGAAUUUGCAGUGGAUACUGCCUGACGAGGGAUUUUUUGUUCAAGAGCACCAUUGCACCUCUCUACCAGCACGUCUGCUCGUACAAGGAGAUACGAUAUGAGAAAAUUAAACUUCCUGACUGCCCACAUGGUGUGGAUCCCUACUUCACAUACCCUGUAGCAGUUAGCUGCUAUUGUAGUUUGUGCAAACUGGAUUAUUCUGACUGCACCACUCAAAGCAUUUCCCCGAGUUUCUGUAUCUAUGGCAAAGCACACCUUUACCUAAUUUAGAGGAAGACCAGAAUGGGGUUUGCAGUCCGAGUAACCCCACAACUAGACGUGUAGAAGGUUAAUCCCACCACCUCUGUACCCAUUAUAAUUUCUCAGCAAGAAGGAGCCUUGUCUUUUCAAAAAUUGACUGGUUCUCAUUCUAGGCCAAGAAUAAACUUUGCAGGCUACAAGCUAA